UGCCCAUAUCGGUCAUUUCGUGGGACAACAAAAAGUCGACUCAGGAGGAGGAGGAGGAGGAGACAGAGACACCGCUCGCUCGAUUUGAAAGUACCCAACACACCACACAAACAAACCCACAUCCCCCCUUUUUUUUCUUCAUAUCAUUUCACACACCUCCUUGUUCUUCUUGUUGUUUUUUUUCUUCCCUCUCUUCUCUUUGUUUUUCUUCUCCUUCGGUUGAAUCAAUGGGUGCAGAGGUUAAGAUCUGGAAUCCCGUUGAAGUCGCUGAGCAAGCUCGCCAUGACUACGCUUCGCAGAUUCAUCCCUCACAUCUCACCAUUGACCCCUCCCUCGAGCUUCCUCAAAUGACACCUCUCGUCCUAAAGUUGUGCAAGGAUAUGUUCAAGGCGUGGUCGAAUUUGGAUGAUUCUUGCUUUGUUGUUGAGAAAAUUUCCGGGGGCAUAACAAAUUUGUUACUCAAGGUUUCAGUUAAACAAGAAAACUGCAUUGAGGAAACUAUAACUGUCAGAUUGUAUGGACCCAACACUGAGUACAUUAUUGAUCGGCAGAGGGAAUUGCAGGCUACCAAAUACAUCACAGCUGCAGGAUUUGGUGCUAAGUGGCUUGGCAUAUUUGGGAAUGGCAUGGUGCAAUCUUUUAUAAAUGCACACACUCUAUCUCCUUCAGAUAUGCGAGAGCCAAAGCUGGCUGCUAAAAUAGCUAAGCAACUUCAAAGAUUUCAUCAUGUGGAAAUUCCAGGCUCAAAGGAACCUCAAUUAUGGAAUGAUGUCUGGAAGUUCUUUGAGAAAGCAUCUGUUCUUGAAUUUGAUGAUAGUAAAAUGCAGAAGACUUAUGAGACAAUUUCAUUCAAGGAAGUCCAUGAUGAAAUUGUUGAGCUCAAGGGAUUGUGUGAUCUACUCAAAUCUCCUGUAAUUUUUGCUCACAAUGACUUGCUUUCUGGAAAUAUAAUGAUGAAUUGUGAAGAAGAUAAACUUUACUUCAUUGAUUAUGAAUAUGCAUCGUACAACUACAGAGGCUAUGAUAUAGGAGACCACUUUGCAGAAUAUGCUGGCUUUGAAUGUGACUACGACUUGUACCCAAAUAUGAAUGAACAAUAUCAUUUCCUCAGGCAUUACUUGAAACCUGAAAGACCCCAAGAGGUGUCUGAGAAAGAUCUUGAAACUUUGUAUGUUGAGGCAAAUACAUUUUCCCUUGCUUCUCACAUUUUCUGGGCAUUGUGGGGUCUAAUUCAGGCAAAGAUGUCUGCAAUUGAAUUUGAUUAUCUUGGUUACUUUUUCCUUCGAUACCACGAGUACAAAAGGCACAAAGAGAAGUAUUUCUUGCUGGCACAGUCCUACCUUUCAGGAUGCAAGAAUGAGAUGAGUAGAUAGAUAGAUUAUACUUAUACUCAGUCAUUCGUGGGAUUUUUGUACGUCAAGUUUGUAGCAUGAGUCCCCUGAUUCAUGUAGUUUAAUGUUUGUGUAACAUAUCAUUUUUAGACGCUUAUCACAAUAAUGGCUAAUUAGGCGUUUAUGUUUGAGCUACAGGCUCUUCUACAUUCUAUGUUGUAAUCCUAGUACAUAGGCUAUAUAAAUUGAUAUAUCAUUCUUUUUCUUGUAUUGUUGUCAUCAUAAAUUUUGGUCUGAUACCAAUAGUUUUUGUUAUCCCUUUCCUUUAUUGUUUAUUCCCCGUCGAUUUUGUACUAGGCGAAGGAUGAGACUUGAGAAGCUGGGCAUAUGUCCUAUAAAUAGAUUUAACUUGUAUAAA